AGAGACAAAUAUUUGUCGAGCCACAUUGAAUGAGAUCUAUCCCAUCCUGUUUCGCCAUCCUACCGGAGUAUGCGCGAGUUCAAGGUAGUGGUACUCGGAAGUGGUGGUGUUGGUAAAUCAGCUCUAACAGUUCAGUUCGUUUCGAAUACAUUUAUCGAAAAAUAUGACCCGACGAUUGAAGAUUUUUAUCGGAAAGAAAUUGAGGUAGAUGGUCAGCCAUGCGUGCUGGAAAUUUUGGACACUGCGGGCACAGAACAGUUUGCAUCGAUGCGUGACCUAUAUAUCAAAAAUGGGCAAGGUUUUGUGGUGGUUUACUCAAUAACGAGUCAACAAACAUUUCACGACAUCAAAACAAUGCGUGAACAGAUUGUUAGGGUUAAGGGUACCGAUCAAGUGCCUAUCUUAUUGGUUGGUAACAAGUGUGACCUAAUUCAUCAACGACAGGUGCGAACAGAAGAUGGUCUUGGGUUGGCAGAAUACUGGUCAUGUCCAUUCACGGAAUGCUCAGCAAAGAGUGCACAUAACGUGAAUACUGUAUUUGCCGAAAUUGUACGCGAAAUGAAUUAUGUUCAAAAUGCGCGUGUCAAACAGAAUCAGGGAUGUUGUACAGUGCUGUAAAUUACUUCUCUUCUCUUUCUUCUUUCCAGUCAUUCAUUAUUACACUUCGUUGAAUUACUUACUUUGUUGCCA